CUUCUAAUUCCUUAGAGUCUUCCUUCUCAUAAUUUAUUCUUUCUUGUCAAUACAAGUGACUCAUGUGAAUUUGCAUAAAUAGGCGUUUGUGCCAGUUAUUUCUCGUCUUCUGUUUUUCUGCUAGCUCUAGGCGCUUGUCUCGUGCCAAUUAUUUCUCAUCUUCUGUUUUCCUGCUAGCUCUAACCAUGAAUGUGAGAGAGAUGAUGUCUGUUCUGAUCAUGUUUGUGCUUGUUUCUAUAAGCCAUGUUUCUGCACUUGAAGCCUGCCCUAACUGUGGCAGCAUGCAAGUUCCAUACCCUCUUAGCACCAAUGACAAUUGUGGGAACCCUAGGUACAGAGUUUACUGUAACAAUGGAAGCCUAGAGUUCUUGUCAGCGCAAAAUUUUUUCUAUCAGAUCCUCAGCAUUAACCCUAGUGCUUAUAAGUUCAUCAUACGUCCACCCCUCAUACAGAAAAACACAUGUUAUUCUUCUGAUCUUGAUGUAGGAGGUUUGCUUCUUGAUGAGAACUCUCCCUUCAACAUAUCUACUCAUAACACUGUUAUGUUAUUUAACUGCUCUGAAACUAUUCUUUUGUCACCAUUGAAUUGUUCCUCAGUCAGCCCUUGUAGGCAGUUUGAGAAGGUGGAGGCUGAAAGUGGGUGUAUAGACACUCUGUGCUGCUCCUUCUUGAAAGAUUCAGCCAUGACGUCACAUAGAAUUCGGGUCAGAGUUGGUGGGUGCACUGCUUAUACUUCUGUGGUGGAUUUCAAUCCAGACCGGACUGUUGAGUCAUGGAACUAUGGCAUUGAGCUACAAUGGGUGCCCCCUAACUGAGUUCUGUUGUCUGGCCGAUGAUCAUUUAUGCGAAUGUCAUGGUACAUUGAGAUGCUUGUUGUUUUCCAGUAAUGCUAGGGUAUCUGGGUAAUUCAGUUGUCAUUCCUUUUCCAAUAAAGUUGAGGCCCUUCUUCAGCCGGUGAUCAUGCGAAUGAAAAUGAUUGAUCAUGGUAUCUUACCAUAAUGGCACUGGUGAGUUGGAGCUGAAGACCAUUUCAUCUUUUGCAGUUUGUUAUGUCAUCUAUGUAUGACAUGCUCA